GUGCCGAGUGAAUGUUUAGCAAGCCACGCGAGAUGCUCCGACUGACUCUUGCGGCAUGUCAGAUUCGGGCGGGAAGUAAACAGUACACAUUUGAUGAUGGUUCGCACAAAGGCAGACGGUGGAUCAAGUGCUGCAGGAAGGAAAGUUGUAGCAGCAAGUGCCCCAAGAAAAGCACUAGGUGGAAGCUCCUCCUCCUCUAGUGACCCCUCCAGUGGAAAGACGGGAAAGUAUGCCGGAGGAAACCCUGUUUGUCCACGUCCAACUCCUGAUUGGCAGAAGGGAAUUAACUCAUUUUUUCAGUCCCCCCAGAAAGGAAAAGAAAACCAAACACCAAGUGACUUGGAAUCUACAAAGAGCAGCAGCAGCCAGAGUAGUAGUUCUUCAGAUCCAGGCCCUGCAGUAGAAAAUGACUGAUUCACAUUGAAGACACUGUUACACAAAGUAUAAAAAACUUCUCAAAAUGUAUGGACUAGGUUAAAGUAUUUGCAGACAGACUGGUCAAAAACUUUAACCUUGUCCAUAACUUUUGAGUAGGUGAGACUAUGGCUUAACUGUUUCACUGGUGUAUUCCUUGUGACAAGACCUUUCUUUUGGUACCACCAAAUUUGACCUUGUGACCUUGACCUUGGAAUUUGAACAACUUUCACAAAAAUUUAACCAUAGCCCUAACUUUUGAUUAAUAGUUGGUGCUAGGGCUUUUUUGAUUAUUUCUGCCUUAGAGAGAGGUCCAUUACUUAGAGGGCCAACUCAAAAGCUGUUAAAUUUUAUUGGACCCUAUGGAAAUUUGUUGGAAUGAUGCCAAAUUUUCACAUUUUCCCAUAUUUUUUGUAUUUCUGCCCUAGGGAUUUACUUUUCAUUCAAAUGCAUGAAAGUUAUUGUAAAAAGUUACAAAAAAUUGUGAAAUUUCAAAAAAGUAGACCUGGUUUGGUCUAGGUAUUAUUACAAAGAUUUUUUCCCCGAAUGCAUCUAAAUAUUCCUUAUUUCAGUAUAUAUUUUGUACAUGUAUAUAUUGGUGCAGAUGAAUUAUUUUGGUAAAAAGAAUAAACAUGUUUAAAUUGCU